AAAACCCACAACAAGCGGGGAGUUGCAAGGGAGACCGCAACUCUUGCUGCAUGCAAGCAGCUGGCCCUCUGAACAUGAUGCUCUGGCGAUGAAGGCGAGGUCUUAAGCCAAGGCUACCUCUCUCUGAAACUUCCUGGGCCUCUGGAGAAGACCUUGGCACGAGGAACAGCCUCUCCGAAGGAUGGGCAGCCAUGAGAAAGACCCCUCUUCUCCCAAAAGGCCGCUGCCCCCCUCCCGUUCCAACAGCACCGUGUCUUCCAAACACAGCAUCACUCAACAGGGCUCAGAAAGCUGGGAGGUGGUAGACGAGAUGCGGAUCCAAAGCAGUGUCGUCCAGGAGCCGGAGAGGCAGGAGGGCUACCUGUUAAAGAAGAGAAAAUGGCCCCUGAAGGGCUGGCACAAGCGCUACUUUGUUUUGGAAGAUGGAAUCCUGAAGUACGCCACAACACGACAGGAUGUGAUUUGUGUUCCUGUUCCUAAUGCUGCUGCUUCCUCUGCAUCCAAUCCCCUGCAGAUUAAAUCCCAGGAACUCUUCAAUAAUUGGGUGGCCAAGCUGUGCUCACACCGCCAGGUAGAGAAGAUGGGCGCGUCCCAGCGGCAGUUCCUAACCAGGGGCCACGGUGGAAAAGGUCCCUAUUCUGCACAGGCUUCUGGCUCUCGGCAUCGGGUUCAGAUGUCGGAAAGCGCCCCUGCCUUGUCUUCGCUGGCCUGUCCCCGAGACAAGGUGAAUUCCUGGCUGAGCAGCAGCAAAAGUCUGGACCGGUGCUCAGCAGAGCUCUCCGAAUGUCAGGGGAAGCUUCAGGAGCUCAACCAGAUGCUGCAGAAUUUGGAGUCUCUCCACCGCAUCCCUUCCGCACCCAUCAUCUCCCACAGCCAGAGCUCGACAGGCACAGAGAGAACCCGGAAGGGGAAGAGAUCCACCCGGAUCUGGUGCACUCAGAGCUUUGCGAAGGAUGACACCAUAGGCCGGGUGGGCCGCCUGCACGGCUCGGUGCCGAACCUCUCAAGGUAUUUGGAAUCGUGUCCGAACCAAGCCCUCUUCAGCCUCCCUCCAGAAUACAGCCAGCUCCAGCGGAGUUUCUGGAUCUUAGCUCAGAAAGUUCACGGGUCCCUCAGCAGCGUGUUGGCCAUGCUGGCUGCGGAGCGGGAUCGCCUCCAGGAACUGCAGAGGACGCUGGAGCAGCAGCAUUCCACCGCAGCCUCUGCGCAAGGUGGCCGGGGGAGUGGCAUUGGUAUUGCUGCGGUGGGGCCAAAUAGUGUGCUGGUGAAAGGCCAGGAGCAGCAUCAGCUGUCCAAUCGCAGCAUCGUGUCCCUCUCAGACUCGCACACAGAGUUUUUCGAUGCGUGCGAAGUUUUCCUGUCUGCCAGCUCAUCUGAGAAUGAGGCUACAGAUGACGAAUCCUGCCUCAGCGAGGUGACCAACAGUCUCUUCGAGGAGGCGACCAACAUGGCGGGAAUGCCUGCCCGUUGCCCAAAAGGCCUGAGCACGAUUCGUUGUUUCGAGGACCCCUCUGAGGGGAGCCUAGGAUUGCCGGCGUCUCUCCCUUUGUACCUCCCCGGGCCGGGUUCUGGAAUUUCGCGGCGCAACUGUCUCCCGGUCUCCCACGUCCACACCAGCGACGUCAGCCUGUGGAACAUCCUCCGCAACAACAUUGGCAAAGACCUCUCCAAGGUGUCCAUGCCGGUUCAGCUGAACGAGCCCCUCAAUACGCUACAACGUCUUUGCGAGGAACUGGAGUACAGCUCCCUGCUGGAUGCGGCUGGAUGCAGCCCGGACCCCUGUGAAAGACUGCUCUGCAUGGCCGCCUUUGCCGUCUCAGCUUAUGCCUCCACCUACUUCCGCGCUGGCAGCAAGCCAUUCAACCCUGUGCUGGGGGAGACGUACGAAUGUGUGCGGCCAGACAAGGGCUUUUGUUUCAUAAGCGAGCAGGUGUGCCACCACCCACCCAUCUCUGCCUGCCAUGCUGAGUCCGAUAACUUCGUUUUCUGGCAAGACAUGAAGUGGAAAAACAAAUUCUGGGGCAAAUCUCUUGAGAUAAUCCCCGUGGGUACAGUCAACGUCCGGCUUCCUAGGUUCGGGGACCACUACGAAUGGAACAAGGUGACCUCCUGCAUCCACAACAUCCUCAGCGGUCAGCGCUGGAUCGAGCAUUACGGCGAGGUGCUGAUCCGAAACACGCGAGACAGCACCUACCACUGCAAGAUCACCUUCUGCAAAGCGCGGUACUGGGGUUCCGGGGUGAACGAAGUGCAGGGCGCCAUUCUCAGCCAUACCGGCAAAGUCGUCCACCGGCUCUUCGGGAAGUGGCACGACGGGCUGUAUUGCGGUGUGGCCCCUCUCGGCAAGUGCAUCUGGAGGCCCAACCCCAUGCCGCGGGACUACGAGAAGAAUUACGGGUUUACUCAGUUUGCCUUGGAGCUCAAUGAAUUAACGCCGGAGCUCAAACACCUCUUGCCAUCCACAGACACCCGGCUAAGGCCUGACCAACGGUACCUAGAAGAGGGAAAUGUGCAGGCCGCAGAGUCCCAGAAACGACGGAUCGAACAGUUGCAGCGUGACCGGCGUCGGGUGAUGGAAGAUAACAACAUUCUUCAUCAGGCUCGCUUCUUCAGGCGGCAGGUGGACACCAACAGCAAGGAAUCCUGGGUAAGCAAUGGCACCUACUGGAAGCUGAGGGCGGAGCCAGGCUUCAGCAACAUGGACAGUGCGGUCUUGUGGUAGUUGCUAGCGUCGCCAGGAGUGGCUGUGCCUUUUCCACCCCCAUCCCACCAAGAUGGGGGAACAGACGAUAAAGAGGUCCCCCGCCAGAUAAGCACAAAAGGUGAUCAGGGCAUGAGAUUCUGGCAUACCAGCACCACGAGAAGGAGCGGGGGGAAGCACGCACUUAGGAGCUCCUGUGGACACUUCCAAAGCAUCUCUCACCCUUGAGAAAGGUGUCCACAGGCCAUCUCACAUUUUCGCACUGCUGCCUGCUGGUAAGGCACGCCCUAACAGA